CCCCAAUCUUCUUCAUUUGUAUGUGUUCUCUCUCUGUCUCUCUCUAUUAGCUAAUUAGGAGCUUAUGGCUUCCACAAGGAAAGCAACGAGAAUGGUACAGCGACAGAGAAGAAUGCAAGCUCCGAAACCCAUAGCUCGGCCUCCGAUUGGAGACGGCGAUGGCGAUUCGGGUUCCUCCGAUUCCGAAUACGAUGACCUUUGCUGCGAGGAAUGUGGAUCUGGGGACUCUUCGGCGGAGCUUCUUCUCUGUGACAAGUGUGAUAGAGGUUAUCAUUUGUUUUGCCUCAGACCCAUUCUUGUUUCUGUCCCCAAAGAGUCUUGGUUUUGUCCCACCUGCUCUAAGCACAAGAAGCUCAAAGCUUUCCCUCUUGUCCAAACCAAAAUUGUUGAUUUUUUUCGGAUACGAAGGUCUACAGAUUCAACACAGAAACUAACUCAAGACAUAAGAAAGAGGCGAAAGCGCGCCAAUAGCUUGGUUGUGUCAAAGAAGAGAAGGAAAUUACUGCCAUUCAUUCCAACUGAGGAUACUACCAGGAGAUUGGAACAAAUGGCAUCCCUAGCAACAGCAUUGACAGCAACUCGCACAGAGUUUAGCAAUGAGCUCACUUACAAGCCAGGCAUGGCACCUAGGUCAGCCAAUUGUUCAGCUCUUGAGCGUGGAGGAAUGCAGGUACUAUCAAAAGAGGAUACUGAAACUUUAAAUUUGUGCAAGUCUAUGAUGGAGAGAGGAGAAUGGCCACCCCUCUUGGUUGUUUUUGAUCCUCACGAGGGUUUCACUGUUGAGGCUGACAGAUUUAUAAAGGAUCUGACAAUUAUAACAGAGUAUACUGGAGAUGUUGACUACUUAAAAAAUCGUGAAAAUGAUGAUGGGGAUAGCAUGAUGACACUGCUUUCUGCUGCUAAUCCUUCAAAAUGUCUUGUCAUUUGUCCUGAUAAGCGUGGUAAUAUUGCCCGCUUCAUUAAUGGCAUUAACAAUCACACACCGGAUGGGAAAAAGAAGCAGAACUUAAAAUGUGUAAGAUACAAUGUGAACGGUGAGUGUCGGGUUUUACUAAUUGCCAACAGAGAUAUACCAAAAGGAGAGAGAUUGUAUUAUGAUUACAAUGGAUUAGAGCAUGAAUACCCAACCGAGCACUUUGUCUAGGCCUUUUUUCCUUUUCUUUUCUUUUAUUUUAUUUUUACAGUUCUCAUACCCCCAGGAGAAGUCAACGAAAAGAAGUCGAUCAUUGUUAGCCAAGCUAAUUUAUAGACAUGAUUAUGUCUAACCCCAACUGUUAUUUAAUUGAUUCAACUUCCAAUUUUUGAAAGCAACA